GUCUUUUGCUCUCUGAGCAAAUAGUGAACAAUCGUCAAACUAUAUUUCUACUUCGCAGCUGACGAAAUCAUUUUCCACCGCCACCUCCAAACCCCAUCUUAUCGCCAAACACUCAGCCAUCUCCGGUGACCAUUGAAUCCGACUUCUUUUUACGGCCGCGAAGCAGAAAUUUUUUGCCCUUAUCUCGAAUCACCAUCCUGAAACCAGAACCCUGACCUUCGAAACAUGCAACAUCCACAUUAACCUUGAAAUCAGACAACUAAGGGGGCUCCUAGUGAUAUUCUCGCUUUCCUCUCUCUCCCGCAGACGAUUGUUGAUAUUCAAGGUACUCUACUAGCCAUCUUUCUGCAUUUUCCAUUAUUUCGUAUUCCUCCGAUUUGUUUUUGUUCCAAAGCUGACGGUUCCUCUCAUCCCAGAUAAAGAAGAGGGCCACCAAAAAUUGACAAAGUAGAUCUUCUGAAGUCGACUCCUGCAGUUGCGCCAUCCACUGCUCACAGGUGAGAUCUUGACCCUUCUCGAAUAGAUAGUUUAGUGAACUAGGUAGUCAAACCCUAUGCACCCAUCCACACUCCUGAAAAAAGAUGCGGUUGGGUUUCUCUUAACCCACAGAAUGGCAUUCCUCACAACCUUUUCGAAUUAUGUCCCAAAUAUUAGCUCCCAUAGGUAGGAUGUUCUUGAUCCAUCGCCAAACAAAAAUCUCCACCUUGGGCGGAAUUGAAAGCUUCCACAACUAGUCCCAGUUUAUUGGGCUAUAAAUCUCCCCCGCACCCUCUUCUGCUUCCUUCUUAUCCAUGCAAAAUCGAUAAGUUGAUCUCACUGAGUAAGUGCCAGACUUCUCGUGACACCAUAUCCUUGUAUCUUCUGCUGGUUGCCUGGGGAUUGGAAUUUUCAGAAUGUGUUGUCGAUCUGUGGAGUUGAAGUAUGUCUGUAGUAGUGAGUAGUUCCAGGUCUUGUUUUCCAAAUCCAAUAAUUCAUAGACCAAGGUUGUAGGGGCAAACUGAGAGAUAUGAGAUUCAGCUUUAAGAGAGGGUGCUGAUGGUAUCCACCUAUCUUGCCAUAUAUCAAUCUUGUACCUGUUACCCACCCUCCACCUCAGGCCCUCUUUGAGUAUGUUUUUUUUUUUAAAGCUAAAACACUUCUCCACACAUAACUAGGAUUGUACCCAUCCUCUGCUUCAAGGAUAUCCCUGUUGGGAAAAUAUUUGGCCUUGAAAACCCUGGCUACUAGAGAGUUAGGCUUCUGAGUAAUAUUCCCGAGCUGCUUUCCCAAUAGAGCAAGAUUGAAUUCGUGUAGGCUCCUAAGACCCAAUCCACCUUGACUCUUGAUUUUACACAGCUCUUUCCAUCCCACCCAAUGAGUUAUGUGCUCUGAUUGUUGUUGUCCCCACCAGAAAUUAGAGAUCAGGCUCUGAAUUUCAUGAAUUAACAGUAAUGGGGACUAGAAAAACUUGCAUGGCAUAAGUCAUCUGAGCAUGAGCAGCUGCCUUUAUAAGAACUUCUUUCCCUCCAUACGAUAGUAGCCGACUCUUCCAUAAUUUGACUUUCCCUCUAACCCUAUCCACGAGAUAACUGAAAACCGCUUUCUUUUGUCUACCCACCACAUUAGGAAGACCAAGGUACUUUGAGUGAUAAUCAACUACCUUCAUUCCCAUAAUGGCCCCAACUUCUUGCCUCCUGUCUUCUUUCACAUUUGGUGUAAACGAGAUCUCUGAUUUGACUAGGUUACCUGUUGACCUGUUUCUUGCUCAUAGAGGUUCAGAAUGGCUCGUAUCCUUUCACACUCCUCCUUAGUAGCUUUAGAACUCCUCUUUUGAUAGUAAUUCCUUCAAUCUUCUUCUCUCGAUCUGCUUGGGAUAGUAAAGCGGACAAUCCUUCCGCAAUGAACAGAAACAAAUAGGGAGAGAUGAGAUCUCCCUGUCUGAGUCCUCUAUAUGGGAAAAAGGUCUCUGUCUGAUGACCUUUAACUAGGAUUGAGUAGGAAACUGUGGAAACACAGUGCAUAAUCAUCGCCACCCACUUCUCAUGAAAGCCCAAUUUCCUCAUCACUGCCUCUAAGAACCUCCAUUCAACUCUGUCAUAUGCUUUAGAAAUAUCAAGUUUGGUCGACAAAUAACCUUUUCCCCCUUUUGUUCUACCUUUCAUCGAGUGGAAGCACUCGAAUGUCACCAUAACAUUGUCCGUAAUGAGUCUUCCAGGGACAAAUGCGCUUUGAAACUCCGAAAUGACUUCAUUGGGAACCUUCUUAAGCCUGUUUGCUAGCACCUUGGAUAAUAUUUUGUAAAGGAAUUUGCAUAAACUUAUAGGCUGAAAAUCCACAAGAGACAAUUUUUUGGAAUUUGCUAGCACCUUUGACUGCAUUUUUAUCCAAGUUCGUAUUAAUAACGUUUUGUUCUUGAUUCGAGCUCAAUCGAUUCUUCGAUUAUCAAUGUAACGCAGCAAACGACUCAAUCGAAGGCUCUAUUUGUCCACUAUAUCCCAAUUUUUUUUGGAAACAAGAUAUGUCAUCCCAUCUGCUCCAGGAGCUUUAUUUGGUCCCAUUCUCUUAAUACCUGCCCAAAUCUCAUCCUGUGUAAAAGGCUUUAAGUAAUUCCUCGUUCAUAUCCUGAGUAACCUUGCAGGGAAUAGCGUCCAUAAUUUUGUUUGAGUGAUUCAUUGUACCUGCACAGAAAAGAACUUUAAAAUGGUUAGUUAGGCACUUUGACACCGCCUCCUACCCUUCCUUCACCCUUCCAUUUUCCUCCACCAACUUCUUGAUUGUAUUUUUAUUUCUCCUGUCUGAGGCUUUACGGUGAAAGAAAUUUGCAUUCUUAUCCCCCCUUUCAACCAAUCCACACGCGAUCUUUGUUUCCACUUGAGUUCUUCUUGCCUCAAAAUCUCAUUCAGUUCUUUUUCGAUAACUUUCCUUUGUAAGACCACAACUUCAUUGGUUCUAUGUUUACUUAGUCUCUCCAACGCCUUCUCUGCUUUCAGUCUCCUCGAUCUCAAAUCACCAAAUGUCAUUUUGCUCCAGUCUUGUAGUUUGUCUUUGCACGCACUUAUCUUGUCCAUAUUGGUAAGUCCCUCCCUCCCUCCCCUGCCUGCCAGCCUUUUGCCACAACCUGUUUGCAUUAAGCAUGUUGUUGUCAAUAGGGUUCAAAACGAAAACUCUAUCCCCAUUUGAUAUUUUGUGUAACCAAAUUUGUAUGUAAGAGUAUAGGGGAGUGAUCAGCCCCACAUCUUCUCAAAUGGUAUACUCUAGCAUGGGGAUAAAAAGAUUUCCAAGCUGCAUUAGCCACCAUUCUAUCCAAUAUCUCCUCUAGGAAUGUGUCGUCAGAAUGAUUAUUGUCCCACGUGAAGGUCUUUCCAUAAUACCCUAGGUCCUCCAGCUCACAGUCUUUAAGCCCCUCAUUGAACAUAUCCAUCUCUGUCACAUUGGCCAAAUUAAGUCCAUUCUUUUCCUCGUAUCCCUUAAUGAGAUUGGUUCAGUGGGAAGAUCUAGUGGUCUAUUGUUACUUUGGAGCUCGGAUGUUCAGGUUGUGGUGAAGUCUAAACCUACCAAUCAUAUUGAUGCUUGUGUAACUUAUAGGAAUUUACAGUGGCGUUUUACUGGGAUCUAUGAAUAGCCAUAGCAGGAUAAUAAUAUAUGACUUGUAAUCUACUUCGACAACUUAAGGAGAUGACAGAUCUCCCGUGGCUGGUUUGUGGGGAUUUCAAUCUCAUUCAGGGGUGAGAAGAUAUGAGGACUAAAACAGUUUAGUAGGUAAACUUUUCGUUUUAAACAAUAUAAUAACCAAAUCAUUACGAAAAUAAUUUAAUAGCCAAAUUGUCAACUUACUGUCCACUUGAUUGUUAAUUGACUAUGAAGUAGCAAUUUCCUGUACACGUGAGAUAAUUUAUUUACCCUUUGUAUUAUAUUUACAAAUUAUUGAUUUUUUAAAUUUAAACUAUUAUUCUAUAAAUUCCAUCGGGGCACAAAAAAACCAGAGACUAUUCUUCUUUCCCUUCCCUAACCUUUUCUUCUUCUCCUUCAGAGAACUCUUAUUCUUCCCUCUCACUCCCCCCUUCCAGAUCAGAUCCUCUCCACCUCCCACAAACCCAACCAAAUUCCGCUGCCUCCCAUCUGUUGGCCCGCCUCAUGUGGCUCAACAAUAGCCAACGAGCCAAGCGGUGGAAAUAAAAAAAAAAAAAACUUAAAUGCAGUUGGGGAGAUCGAUAGCAGAUAGAUCCAACCAAUUGCAAUCAAUUGGUUCCCCAUUUCCUCUGCUAUAAAAGGGAACAUGGUUCUCCCUUUUUUCAAAAUCAUCCUUCACCAUUUCAUACUUCUCCAAUUCAUUUGCUCUGCUUCUGUUCGUAUUUCUUUUGUGGGUUUUGGUAGUGAAACGUUUUCACUACCACGGGUAGAUAGGAGAAUUCUUGUGAGUGAAAUAGUGAGGUUGUUCCGGGAAACACCGAGUGUUCUAUUUCCUUGUAUCUUGAAAUUCUCUGUAACCUACUGUUGCAAUAGUGAAGAAAUACUCUGGAGCUGUUGUUCCCGUGGACUGGCCCUAAAUCAGGGUAUACCACGUAAAUCCUCUGUGACAUUUAUUAUUGUCUAUGCUUGUUGUCAUUUUGAGAAUAGUCGUAGUAUAUUGCGUUAUUAAAUUACCGAAGUAAAUUGAUCUAAGUAAGUUGGUUACCGUAAUUCUGGAGGCUCUGCCACCAGGUCCAACUUACCUGUGAACUUUUUACAAGCGUGUGAUUUUUUAAUCCAAUAUAUUUACCCGCUAUUCUCACCCGCUGCGCCCAACAAGUGGUAUCAGAGCCACGUCCAAUGGAGGCAAAAACAAGCAAGAUGAUAAGUCUGAAUGGCUCCAACUAUCACAUAUGGAGAAACAAGAUGAAGGAUCUCCUACUCGUGACGGAGUUGCAUUUGCCGGUGUUUAGCCCAACUAAACCUGAUGGCAAAACUGAAGAGGAAUGGGAGUUCAAGCAUGAGCAAGUAUGUGGCUACAUUCGACAGUUCGUCGACGAUAAUGUAUACAACCACAUUAGCGGAGAAACUCAUGCCAGAACUCUGUGGAACAAGCUGGAGGCACUUUAUGCAUCAAAGACCGGCAACAACAAAUUAUUUUAUCUGACCAAGUUGGUCCAGAUGAAAUACAAGGAAGGCAAAUCCUUGGCGGAUCACUUGAACGAAAUUCAAGGGAUCGUGGAUCAGUUGUCCGGUAUGGGCAUAAAGAUGGAAGAUGAGGUGGUCGCUCUCCUCGUUCUGGCUUCCCUUCCAGAAUCUUGGGAGACGCUAAAAAUUUCACUUACCAACUCUGCAAAAGAUGGAGUUAUAAACAUGGAGAUUGUCAAAAGCGGAGUCCUGAACGAAGAGAUGCGAAAAAGAUCACAAGGUGCAUCCUCAUCAUCUUCCCAGUCAGACCUUCUGAUAGUGGAUUCCAGAAGCAGAGGAAGAAGUGAGGCUAGAGGCUCAAAGCAAAGAGGCAAGAGUCGAGGGAAGUCCAACAAGUUUGCCAACAUCCAAUGUCAUCACUGCAAGGAAAAGGGCCACAUCAGAAGAUUUUGCCCAAAGUUCAGAAAUGAGAGAAAGAAGGGCAAACGAGAUGAGAACAGUGAUGAUGAUGGUGCAAACUCUGUAGAUGAGUUCAAUAUUGUCUACGAGGAAGAUGUUGUCAACCUGACAACCCAGGAGACAAGCUGGGUGGUUGAUAGUGGUGCUACCAUUCACGUGACGUCCAAGAGAGAAUUUUUCUCAUCUUAUACACCAGGUGACUUUGGUGUGGUAAGAAUGGGAAAUGGUAAUCUUUCCAAAGUUAUCGGAAAAGGAGAAGUCUGCUUGGAGACGAUGAAUGGUACGAAGCUACUGCUGAAGGAUGUCAGGCAUGUUCCAGAAAUGCGCCUGAAUCUCAUCUCUGUAGACAAGUUGGAUGGGGAAGGUUACUGCAACACCUUUCACAAUGGCCAGUGGAAACUCACCAGAGGCUCCUUAGUGUUGGCCAAGGGCAAGAAGCUGUCAAAGCUGUAUGUGAUGGAAGCCAAGAUCUCCCCAGAGAUUGUCAACUCAGCGGAGAAUGGUGACACAAUUGAAUUGUGGCACAAACGGCUCGGUCACAUGAGUGAGAAGUCCAUGGCAAAGUUGGCCCAGAAGAAGGUCAUAGUUGGGUUGGAUCAAGUUCAUCUAAAGAAGUGUGUCGAUUGCCUUGCGGGAAAGCAAAAUCGAGUUGCUUUCAAAAGUUCCAUCCCUUCAAGAGCAAAGAACGUGUUGGAUCUAGUUCACUCAGAUCUCUGUGAACCCGAUGUCAACGUCAAAUCACUUGGAGGUGCCAGAUAUUUCGUGACAUUCAUUGAUGACCAUUCACGGAAGACUUGGGUGUAUACCUUGAAGACCAAGGAUCAGGCCCUAGACGUUUUCAAACAAUUCUUGGCCCUGGUGGAGAGGGAAACUGGCAAGAAGCUGAAGUGCAUCCGGACUGACAAUGGUGGAGAGUACAGAGGUCCGUUUGCUAACUUCUGCAAGGAACAUGGAAUUCGGCAGCAAUUCACACCACCAAAGACGCCGCAAUUGAAUGGGCUAGCUGAGAGGAUGAACAGGACCCUGCUAGAGAGAGUCAGGUGCUUGUUAUCACACUCGAAGCUACCACAAUCUUUCUGGGGGGAGGCACUGCUUGCAGCAGUUUAUGUGUGGAACAGGUCACCUAGUGUGCCACUGAAGUAUGACGCCCCAGAAAAGGUGUGGACAGGAAAAGAAGUUUCCUACAAACAUUUGCGGGUGUUUGGUUGCAAGGCCUUUGUCCAUAUUCCAAAGGAUGAAAGGUCAAAGUUGGAUUCAAAGACGCGACCGUGCGUAUUCAUUGGCUAUGGUCAAAAUGAGUUUGGCUAUAGAUUCUUUGAUCCAAUCCAGAAGAAGCUUAUCAGAAGCCGUGAUGCUGUGUUCAUCGAGAAUGAGACCAUCGAAGAUGUUGUUGCUAGGAAAGAAGUUCCUAGUACUGAUGCUAGCCAGCCAAACCUUGAGCUAGUGCCUCCAACACCAGCGCCUACAGAAGUUGGAGAAGAAGUACAACAUGAUCAGCCUGAGAUAGUUGAACCAAAUGCCCAUGUUGAGGUUCAACCAGAAGAUGCUGAUGAUGAUGGUCAACCACCAGCCAUAGAAGGUUCUCCUGUUCGAACAACAAGAUCUGGUAGAAUUUCACGACCGUCUACCAGAUAUCCCGAGACUGAAUAUGUCUCACUUACUGACGGCGGAGAACCAGAAAGCUUCACAGAAGCUAUGAAUGAUGAAGACAAGCAAAGGUGGAUAGAAGCCAUGCAAGACGAGAUGGAUUCCUUGUAUGAUAACAACACAUUUGAGUUGGUGAAGUUGCCAAAAGGCAAGAGAGCUUUGAAGAACAAGUGGGUGUUUAAGAUCAAGCAUGAUGAACACAACCGUCAGCCACGCUUCAAAGCCAGACUAGUCGUGAAAGGCUUCAGUCAAAGGAAAGGCAUUGACUUUGACGAGAUAUUUUCACCUGUGGUGAAGAUGACAUCCAUUCGUACUGUGUUGGGACUAGCAGCAAGUCUUAACCUGGAGGUUGAACAAAUGGAUGUGAAAACUGCUUUCCUUCAUGGUGAUUUGGAGGAAGAGAUUUACAUGGAGCAGCCAGAAGGCUUCAAGAAAGAGAAAAAUGAGGACUAUGUGUGCAGGCUCCGUAAGAGCUUGUAUGGCUUGAAGCAGGCACCAAGACAAUGGUAUAAGAAGUUUGAGUCUGUUAUGGGGGAGCAAGGCUACAUGAAGACUACUUCAGACCACUGCGUGUUCGUGAAGAAAUUUCCUGAUGGAGAUUUCAUCAUACUUUUGCUCUAUGUGGAUGAUAUGCUAAUUGCCGGGCAGAACGUCUCAAAGAUCAAUGAUUUGAAGAAGGAGUUGAGCAAGUCUUUUGCCAUGAAAGACUUGGGACCAGCAAAGCAAAUUCUUGGCGUGAGGAUCGUUCGAGAUCGAGGUGCCAAGAAGAUAUGGUUGUCACAAGAGAAGUACAUUGAGAAAGUGCUUCAACGUUUCAACAUGGAUAAUGCUAAGGCGGUUAGCUGUCCUUUUGCUAACCACUUUACAUUGACAUCCAAACAGAGCCCGUCUACUGAGAAGGAAAAGGCGGAGAUGGAUAAAAUUCCAUAUGCUUCAGCAGUGGGAAGUUUGAUGUACGCCAUGGUGUGUACAAGGCCAGAUAUUGCUCAUGCAGUUGGAGUUGUCAGUCGGUUUCUUUCCAAACCAGGAAAGGAACAUUGGGAAGCUGUAAAGUGGAUCCUCAGAUACCUUCGAGGUAGCUCCAAAAUGAGUCUAUGUUUUGGAGAUGGUGAACCUGUCCUUGUUGGCUAUACAGAUGCUGACAUGGCAGGCGAUGUUGAUUCGAGGAGGUCCACUUCUGGGUACCUGAUUACCUUAUCAGGGGGAGCAAUAUCGUGGCAGUCAAGGCUACAAAAGUGUGUAGCUCUUUCCACAACAGAAGCUGAGUAUAUAGCAGUAACGGAAGCAUGCAAGGAGAUGAUAUGGAUGAAGAAGUUCCUGAAUGAACUUGGGUUCCUACAGGAACAACCGCAGCUGUUCUGUGACAGUCAGAGUGCUAUUCAUCUUGCGAAGAAUGCUUCAUUUCAUGCUCGAUCAAAACAUAUCGAUGUUCGAUAUCACUGGAUUCGUGAUGUACUUGAAAUGAAGCAACUACAACUGGAGAAGAUCCAUACUGACGAAAAUGGAUCUGACAUGUGUACCAAGACUCUUCCAAGAGAAAAGUUUGAGUUCUGUCGAUCAGCUGCAGGAAUAAUGAAGUCGCCCAUGUAGUCGGGCGGGGGAGAAUUGUUGGCCCGCCUCAUGUGGCUCAACAAUAGCCAACGAGCCAAGCGGUGGAAAUAAAAAAAAAAAAAACUUAAAUGCAGUUGGGGAGAUGGAUAGCAGAUAGAUCCAACCAAUUGCAAUCAAUUGGUUCCCCAUUUCCUCUGCUAUAAAAGGGAACAUGGUUCUCCCUUUUUUCAAAAUCAUCCUUCACCAUUUCAUACUUCUCCAAUUCAUUUGCUCUGCUUCUGUUCGUAUUUCUUUUGUGGGUUUUGGUAGUGAAACGUUUUCACUACCACGGGUAGAUAGGAGAAUUCUUGUGAGUGAAAUAGUGAGGUUGUUCCGGGAAACACCGAGUGUUCUAUUUCCUUGUAUCUUGAAAUUCUCUGUAACCUACUGUUGCAAUAGUGAAGAAAUACUCUGGAGCUGUUGUUCCCGUGGACUGGCCCUAAAUCAGGGUAUACCACGUAAAUCCUCUGUGACAUUUAUUAUUGUCUAUGCUUGUUGUCAUUUUGAGAAUAGUCGUAGUAUAUUGCGUUAUUAAAUUACCGAAGUAAAUUGAUCUAAGUAAGUUGGUUACCGUAAUUCUGGAGGCUCUGCCACCAGGUCCAACUUACCUGUGAACUUUUUACAAGCGUGUGAUUUUUUAAUCCAAUAUAUUUACCCGCUAUUCUCACCCGCUGCGCCCAACACCAUCCUCUCUUGCUCCAUUAUUUGUCUCUCCAACGAGGUAUCCUUCUUCCUAAGGAUGCAUAUGUCUACGAGGGAGGGUUUGAAUCAGAGUUUCCUUACCUUAGUAAGUCGUCUGUCGCAUUAAUCUUUGACCUAGGAUCCUACGACCGGGAUAGACUCGACUUUCUCGACGCUCCUAUUUCGACGGGAAUUAACGGAAUCGCGUUGCCAAGAAAUAGGGCACGACGAACAAAAGGUGACUGAAGGUUGUGAUUAAUCGUUUGGUGGUGGACGCUGGGUUGGGAGUUCGAUGGGGUUUAGGGUACAGAAGUAGAAAGGAUUGAACUAGGAGGGAGGGAUUCGAACGAAACUAAUUUAUUUAGUUUUCUAUAAAUAAAAAUUAAUUUAUAUAAUGAAUUUAAAUAUCCAUGUGGCAGGUUCAAACUUUGACUUCAGGCCACAUCAACAAUAAUCAACCUCACUUAAUAAAUUGUCACGUAAGAUUUAACUAACGGACAAGUGGAAGAAAAGUUGACAAUUUGUCUAUUAGAUUGUUUUUGCAAAUGUAUGAAUAUUAUAUUGUUUAAAAUGAAAGGUUUGACUAUUA